CAACGAGCUAAGUAGCAACGGCAACAAACCUGAACAUAAACGACACAGAGUUAGCUAGCAGCUUAGCUGGUGUGCUAAUCAUGGUGAACGUUAAGAAGCGGAAAGGUCGGGUCGUUAUCGACUCAGACUCCGAAGAUAGUGCCAGUGAUGAUAAUUUAGAUGAGGAGUUGUUGUCUUUGGCAAAAAGGAAGAGGGUUGAUUCUGGCGAGCAGGAAGAGUCUGUAAACAAACCAGCAGCCUCCACGGACUCCGAGACGUCUGACAGUGACGACGAGUGGACGGUGGGUGGCACCAAAGUCAAAAAGAAGGUGAAGCAGGGGAAAGGUAGUGAAAAGAAGAGUUCUACCAAGAAGAAGGUCAACAGAGCGUCUGGCAGUUCAGAUGGAGUCAGCUCAGCAGACAGCUCUGCUCCAGAGGAAGGAGAAGUUUCAGAUUCAGAGAGCAACAGCUCGUCGUCCAGCUCUGACUCGGACUCGUCUGAAGACGAGGUGUUCAGGGACGGUUACGAUGACGACCUGAUGGGCGAUGCCGAGGACAGAGCUCGUCUGGAGCAGAUGACGGAGAAGGAGAGGGAGCAGGAGCUCUUCAACAGAAUCGAGAAGAGGGAGGUGCUAAAGAGACGGUUUGAGAUUAAGAAAAAGCUGAAGACUGCAAAGAAGAAAGAGAAAGAGGAGAAGAAGAAGAAGCAGGAGGAAGAGCAAGAAAAAAGGAAGCAAUCUCAGGUUCUAGACACUCAAGUGGUUUCGAUGUCUCACAACAAGGAAAGGCGGUCCAAACGGGACGAAAAGCUGGACAAGAAGUCCCAGGCCAUGGAGGAGCUGAAAGCUGAACGAGAGAAGAAGAAAAAUAAAACGGCUGAGCUGCUGGCUAAACGUGAGCCGCUGAAGACCAGCGAGGUGUACUCUGAUGAUGAGGAAGAGGAGGAGGAAGAUGAUGACAAGUCAUCGGUCAAAAGUGACCGGAGUUCACGAUCUUCAUCCUACGAUGAUGACGAAAAAGAGGAGACGCUCCCAAAGUCUCAGCCGGUCUCACUCCCAGAGGAGCUGAACAGGAUCCGCCUGUCCAGACACAAGCUGGAGCGCUGGUGCCACAUGCCCUUCUUUGCAAAGACGGUGACGGGCUGCUUCGUGAGGAUAGGGAUCGGUAACAGCAGCAGUAAACCCGUGUACAGGGUGGCUGAAAUUGUGGAUGUAGUGGAGACGGCAAAGGUUUACCAGCUUGGAUCGACACGCACAAACAAAGGAUUACAGUUAAGGCAUGGCGGGGACACUCGAGUGUUCAGGCUGGAGUUCGUUUCAAACCAAGAGUUUGCAGAAAGUGAAUUCAUGAAGUGGAAAGAUGCAAUGAUUGUGGCUGGAAUGCAGGUACCAACUCUAGAUGAGAUCGGCAAAAAGGAGCAGACCAUCAAGGAGGCGUUGAACUACAAGUUUAAUGACAAAGACAUAGAAGACAUCGUGAAAGAGAAGGAUCGGUUCAGAAAAGCACCACCGAACUACGCCAUGAAGAAAACGCAGCUGCUCAAAGAUAAGGCCAUGGCUGAAGAUAGUUGUGACAAUGAGAGAGUGAAAGUCAUCCAGGAUGAGCUGAAUGAGCUGGAGGAAAGAGCUGAAGCACUUGACCGACAGAGGACCAAGAACAUUUCUGCUAUAAGCUAUAUCAAUCAGAGGAACAGAAGCUGGAACAUUGUUGAAUCUGAGAAAGCACUUGUGGCUGAAGGGCAGAAUUCUAAAAACCAACAAAUGGACCCGUUCACCCGCAGGCAGUGCAAACCAACCAUGGUGUCAAACGCCAGAGAUCCAUCAGUUCAUGCAGCUAUUCUUGCUCACCUGAACCAGAAGUACGGCUCCGGGUCAGGAGCUGCAGAACCUUCCAGCACAGAGACGAACACACAGGGACAAACAAACCCUAAAGACAAGGAUGUCCCAAAGCCAACCACUGACCUCUCAGAAGACUUGUUUAAAGUCCAUGACUUUGACGUUAAGAUUGACCUCCAGGUUCCUAACGCAGAAGCAAAGAGUCUGUCUGUGAGCUCCAACGCUUUGCCAGUGAAGGACGGCGCUCCCCGCAGGUCCCUCAACCUGGAGGACUACAAGAAGAGGAGGGGUCUGAUCUGAGGAAGGGGUGGGGCCUGUUCUGACAAGCCCCGCUCCUCUGAAAUCACACUGCAUGUGUAAUUGGUUGUGCUGGGACAAAGUGACAGUGUGCGACUCCCUGAGGAAGUUUGAAAUGCAACAGAUUCUUCGUCUAAACAGAGAAAAUAAGAUUUGGACAAAGAACUUUUUUCUCAAAGGAUUGCUCUCGGAGGAAUCUGUCCAGAUAUCUAUGUUUGGGUUGUAUUUUCAUGAUCAACAAGCCGUUGUACCAAGGGUUUAUAUUUUAUUUGAUCCUUCUCCCUUUCAUCCAGAGUCGACGUUCUCUUUAGUUUUCCCAGCAGGACGCAGCUCUCGUGCGUUCUUUUCUCGGACAGGACACUAGAAGACAGUUCAGGUGUCUUGAAAACAACGUGGACGUCUGCUGCAGUGGACAUGCUUGUCCUUAAAGACAAUAAAUUAAUGUAAACAUUUUACUUCUAUAUAAAAUCCUUAUAAUCCAUCCUAAACGUGAGCAGAUUGUGUGGUUUUUUUUAUUUUUAAGAUGAUCACGUGAUGAAACACAGCCCUCCAUUAAGCUGAUAAAACGUUUAGCGCGCGGCAGCUGGACACUUUGACUGUUUACGUCUUUGAAAUUGUUUGAUUUAGGAAAUUUCUUUGGGCCAGGUUAUAAAAGUGAUGCUUCUUUUGUCAUCCUGUUUGUUUUUAAUGGCCGGGAGAGCCCAGAGCAGAUUCAUGAAGACGUGUUAACGGGUGUGUCCAUGGUCAGGUCCUGUAUUGAUGUGGCAUGUCUUGUAAAUAUGCAUUUUCAAGUGAGUGCAGAAUAAAUAAAGA